CUCGUCAGUCUUCACAUCCCAGGUACGUUCAAUGAAAGGACUCCAGUCACUUUCAAAAUAUGACUUCAUUCCCACUGUCCCCGAUAUUCGACAUAUGAAAAAUAUAUUCGUCGUUACCACGCUUUCCAUAUCCUACCUUCGCCUCACACAUUCUAUCUUCUCUCCAAGAACCUUCUGAUCUAUAUUCAUGGUACUCUAAUUUUUUUUCUCUCUUUCUUUUUGCUAACCGUAUCGCCACAGGAUUAUAUCUCUGACCACUUGUGGCGGGCUCUCUCCGCUUAAAGGAGGCCAUUGAACAAUCUCUCUAAACUCAAAGCGUUGAAAUUUUACCACUCCAGAACAUGAUGUUCUCACGACUAGCCCUAAAGGCUGCGAAGCCUGUAGCAUUCGGUGCUCCAAGCUUCUCGGCACGGGUCCGAUUCCUCUCCACCACUGGAAACUUCUCGGCCCAAGCCAUCCAAGGUAGUAAGGGUAGGCAGAUGCCUCGGACUCUAUCUCGGGGUACGAAACCUGCCUCUGGUAUGGAGGCUACACUUACUCUUCGGGAUGGGCCUAUUUUCCACGGAAAGGCCUUCGGAGCCAACUCCAACAUCUCCGGCGAGGCCGUUUUCACUACUUCCCUUGUCGGUUACCCAGAGUCGAUGACCGACCCCUCGUACCGUGGACAGAUUCUUGUCUUCACUCAACCAUUGAUUGGAAACUACGGUGUUCCUUCCAGCGAGCGUGACCAAUGGAACCUGCUGAGGCACUUCGAGUCCCCUCAUAUCCAGUGUGCAGGGAUUGUUGUCGCUGAUGUCGCUGAGAAAUACAGCCAUUGGACCGCGGUGGAGAGUUUGGGCGAUUGGUGUGCCCGGGAAGGUAUUCCGGCCAUCUCAGGUGUCGAUACCCGUGCUAUCGUCACUUACCUACGAGAGCAGGGUUCUUCCCUCGCCAGGAUCUCUGUUGGCGAUGAGUAUGACGCAGACGAAGACGAAAGCUUCGUUGAUCCCGGCCAGAUUAACCUUGUGAAGCGGGUUAGCACUAAGGCACCUUUUGUUGUGGAGGCUCACAACCCCAAGUAUCACAUCGCGCUACUUGACUGCGGUGUUAAGGAGAACAUCCUUCGAAGCUUGGUGAGCCGUGGAGCUAGCGUAACAGUGUUCCCAUACGACUUCAAGAUUCAGAAGGUUGCCGACAACUUUGACGGUGUAUUCAUUUCCAACGGUCCGGGUGACCCGACCCAUUGCCAAGCUACCGUACACAACCUCAGGGUCCUGAUGGAGACUUCCCAAGUACCCAUCAUGGGCAUCUGCUUGGGUCACCAGUUGUUGGCUCUAGCUACUGGUGCUCGAACCAUCAAGCUGAAGUAUGGUAACCGGGCGCACAACAUCCCCGCUUUGGAUAUGACAACUGGACAGUGCCACAUCACCAGCCAGAACCAUGGUUAUGCUGUUGAUGCUAGCACCUUGGGUAGCGAAUGGAAGGAAUACUUCGUUAACCUUAACGACGGUAGUAAUGAAGGCAUGCGCCACAUCUCCCGACCAAUCUUCUCAACCCAAUUCCACCCUGAGGCCAGAGGUGGCCCUAUGGACAGCUCCUAUCUUUUCGACAAGUAUAUCGAGGAUGUGAUGGCCUUUAAGGCAUGCCAGGCUGUUUACAAGGACAACAGGCCGUCCCAGUUCAUGCUCGAUAUUCUGAGCAAGGAACGAGUCGGCGUUCAACCAGAGCCUCUGGCUAGUCCUGCUUAGAAAAUUUGGGUUUCGUAGAGGCACAGAUAGGUAUAUUCUAUUUAUUAGGGGCAUAUUUGGGUGGGAUCGUGUCAUAAAGGGAGUUGAUGUAUCUUCAAACCGAAAAGGAAUAAUCGGUAUGCAUUUGUAAUUUGAAGUAUUUGUAGGGGUCAAUCCCCUUUUACGAUAUUUUUAUUAUGCCUUGUGAAUACGGUAUUUGCCUACAUACCUCGUCUCGAUAUUCUCUCUACAGACGGUUAAAUAUAGUUGAUAAAUAAACGUGGACAUGAUAGAGAAUAUUAGGUAUAUAUCGCUCUGGAAUCCAAAGCCAGCAGCAUCCUACCACAUACAUAGGUAUAUUUAGGUAUUGUAAACGCUCCUAUGGGCACAUUGAUAAACAAAAAGACUAACUCCUGGAUUCCAUUAAUUACAUAGCGCGGAGGGUAUUUCAAGAUUCGCCGUGCGGGAGGAGACAAGUAUCGCGCCGACGGGAUUUGAG